UACAACUCAUUCAGCUACAACUCAUUCAGCUACAACUCCUUCAGCUGCAACUCCUUCAGCUUCACCUGCUGCCACACCUACCACUAUGGUUGCUCUUACAUCUCACAGUGCAACAACUUCAAGACCAACCACUGAGGUUUCUGAAAGCCUCUCAUGCACUAUAUCACCAUCAGCUGGAACUAUACUUGAUCCUUUCAGUAUAAUGUGCACUAGUGCCCAGCUUUGUUCAAAUUGUCGGUACUGUUUUAAGACAGACGAAAAGCAUCUGUUGUGCAGUAAAACUGGAGAAAUCARRGUUCUGYACCUUCCUGUYGGAGACAGAAGAGCUGRGAACAAACUCCUCAUUACAGCGACUGCAAAAAACAGCAGCUAUGAAGUUAACGCCACUAUAACCGCACAGGUAUGGGAUGCUACAGCAGACUCGAGCUCAGUGGACGGUUUGGACUCAGCGGUACUGAAAGCUGUGGAGAAGCUGGAGAGUGAAGGUUUACUGUCAGCUGUUUCUACUGGAGAACUUUUUAACUCGGUGGCUGAAAAGCUGAACAGCAAAACUGAUGGAUCAGAAAAAGAAGCUCGACAAGAGCUCAGACACAAGAUGCUGGACUUGAUGAUUGGACUAGUGAAGGAGUCUCCAACUCAAACUCCAGAAGAAACUCAGGCUGUAGCCAGAGCGCUUACUACUCUCAUUCAGAAAGAUGAUGAACUCAGCUUGUCUGCACAGAUUGAUGCCGCCACAUUGUUUGCCAACCUGAGCUUAUCUGUCCUGGAUAUGAACGUGAGCGCAGCUGAAGACAAAGACGAUGUUAUCAUCGCUGCCAGCAUCAUUGUGGAAGGAGUGGGCGUGAUUUUGGAUUAUUCUUCCAACAAAAACAUCUCUGAUGCUUUGCUUGUUGCUCUGAGCAUCGUACAGAGCACUUUGUUGAAAACAAUGACGGUUAAUGACGGUCCAAUUAUAAUACAACAACCUCAUAUCAGUUUGUUCGUCAAUCGAGUAAAACCUGAGAGUUUACACAAAGAGUCCAUCAGUGCUAAUUUAAGUUCUCAGCCCACGUUUUCGCUGCCACAACUCCCAUCUGACAUGUUUCUGUCAGAUGAACCAGUGGAUGUCCGGAUGCUGAGUUUAGAUAAAAAUCCCUUUUCUUGGAACGAGAAAGGAAACAUUAGUGGACUGAUGGGUGGUCUGUCCUUCACAAGACAAGAUGGAUCCGGUAUCCYUGUUGAGAACUUAAGUGAAGAUAUUGAGAUUCUGUUGCCAAGGCCCGCUGGAGAACAAGUGAACACCUCAGUUUUGGACCUUGGGAACUACAGCACAACAGCCAUAGAUGUUCCCUCAGCCGACUCCACUCUGCUUUUAAAGAUGGUGCCUUCUGUGGAUCCUUUGCCCUUCAAACUGUUCCUUGGCUACAUGGAUUACCCUACUGACACAAAUCAUGUAGCGAUGAUACAGAUGCCUCUUCCGGGAUCUACUCAAGAAGAAAGAUACACGUGGCUUCUUAGUCCCACAAAUUUAAAGGGAAACACUGGAUUGCAUUAUCUUGUGGUGAGGCCUAUUGUUGGUCCAGGUGUGAAAUCUAUAAAUGCCACAUUAUCCAUCACCCCCAUUACAUCCUCAUGCAAAUUUUGGAAUGAAACUCUAUUGGACUGGAAGGAUUCUGGAUGCAGAGUUGGUGUUAAGACCACGCAUUUAGUCACCCAGUGCUUGUGCAACCACCUCACAUUUUUUGGCAGCUCUUUCUUUGUAACUCCAAAUCUCGUCGACCCUUCACGCACUGCUGAGCUUUUUGCGACCUUUGCUGAGAACCCAGUGGUUGUGUGCUUUGUCGGGGCUCUUUUUGUGACCUACCUCCUCGUGGUUGUGUGGGCACGAAGAAAAGACAUCAAGGACACAGUCAAGGUAAAGGGGACAUUGCUGGAGGACAACGACCCCAUGGAUAAUUACAGCUACCUGUUGUGUGUUUGCACUGGGCAUCGCAUAGGAGCCUCCACUUCCUCUCAGGUUGUAGUCACUCUUCUGGGUGCAGACGGCAACAGUAAGCCUCAUCACCUGACUGAUCCACAGAAACCCGUGUUUGAGCGUGGAGCCGUGGAUUUGUUCCUGCUCACUACACCGUCCUCUUUGGGAGAGCUGCAGGGCAUCAGACUGUGGCACAACAAUUCUGGAAACCAUCCUGCUUGGUUUGUGGGCACCGUCCUUGUGCAGGAUUUACAGACAGAGCAGAAAUGGUAUUUUUUAUGCAACUCCUGGCUCGCAAUAGACAUGGGUGAUUGCUGCCUCGAUAAACUCUUUCCUGUUUCAACAGAGAUGGAUCUGAAGAAAUUCAGUAACUUGUUCUUCAUGAAGACGGCAAGGGAUUUCAGUGACGGACACCUUUGGUUCUCUGUGAUCACUCGACCGCCGAGCAGCAGCUUUACUUGUGUGCAGAGGGUGUCCUGCUGUUUCUCCCUGCUGCUCUGCACCAUGCUGACCAGCAUCAUGUUUUAUGGGAUCCCAACAGACCCCUCAGAUCAGGUCAUGGAUUUGGGUCACUUUGAGUUCACCUGGCAGCAGUUCAUGGUUGGGGUUCAGAGUUCCCUCAUCAUGUUUCCAAUAAACAUCCUCAUAGUCAGCGUCUUCAGAAACACUCGCCCACGGGAGUCGUCUUGUUGUCAAAGAAAAACAAAGAAAGCAAGUCGCCGCCAGCAAAAACGCAGCGUACAGACAACUUCUCUGCAACCGGGAGCUACCAUCAGCAGCACAGGGAGCUCCACUUUAGACGCCAUCAUAGAAGAUAUUGCAAGAAUUCUUCAGUCCCUGUCUGAGACAACCAAAUGCAACAUCCCAUCCGUCAAGUCUGACUUUGGUUCUGGAAAAGAAACUGACAUUAAUGCUGUCCUCGCCAAAGUGGAAGAAUUUCUCAAACAGAAUACCAAAUGCAGCAAAGACACCCAGACAAAAACACAGUGUCAACUAUCAGCCGAGGGGAUUGAGAAGAAGAGCAACAAAACCCAGCAUCUGUACAGACAAAUGUGUCACCUUGAAAAGGAGCUGAGUCUGAUGGACCCGUCCAGCUUCCCCAGCCCACUAUGCUUUGAAAAGGCCCAGAAGCAGGUCCAGGGGAUGAAGAGCUACCUUGAAGAUCAGCUCUUCAGCCAUUUGGAUCUAGAUGAGCCUAAACAUGAGAAGUUUGUUCCUGAGCAUGACACUUCAAAUGAUGACGUUGUUCUGAAGAAAAAGCCACAGCGUCGGGGUUUUCUACCCUGGUGGUUUAUCUUUGUCGGCUGGUUGCUGGUGAUUGGAACCAGUUUUGUUUCUGGAUAUUUCACGAUGCUUUAUGGGCUGAAAUUUGGGAAGGAGCGCUCCAUCAGCUGGUUGGUAUCCAUGAUCGUCUCCUUCUUUCAGAGUCUUCUCUUUAUUCAGCCACUGAAGGUGGUAUGUCUUGCAGUUUUCUUUGCACUGGUAAUAAAGCGAGUCGAUGAAGAAGAUUUUCAAAACGUGGCAUUUGAAAGAAGUGGAAGAAUGUCUGGUGGUCAAAAUAAUAAACAAACAAGCCAAUGGGAUUACCAUCUUUAUGAGCCACCUCCUCCUGCAGACAUCGAGAGAAUGAAAAGGAACAAGAUUAUGGAACAGAAGGCCUUUGCUUUGCUCAAUGAGAUUUUGGUUUACAUAGGGUUCAUGUGGAUGUUACUGCUGGUGGCCUAUGGCCAGAGAGAUCCCAAUGCUUUUUUGCUGAAACAGCACAUUAAAAAUAGCUUUUCUGACAACGUCCCAGAGAGCAUGAGUCUUCAGGAUGUUUUUACCUGGGCUAACACCACUCUACUACAAAACCUUUUUGGAGAAUAUCCAGGAUUUAUCACAGAUGGAAACUCCAAGCUGGUGGGGAAUGCUCGUGUUCGCCAAUUAAGAGUUCAGCAGAACUCGUGUCAGAUUGCAAGUCUCAUGCUUGGAUUAGUGCCAGACUGUCAUGCCCCCUAUUCAUGGGAGACAGAAGACACGGGUUCCUAUGAAGCUGGCUGGAAUCACUCUGUCAAGGACAAUAUGUGGGAAAGUGCCUCCUCUCCAUGGACGUACCAGACUGAAGCUGAGCUCAGAAGUCUGCCAGUCUGGGGACGACUGGUGCUCUACAGAGGAGGAGGAUUUGUAGCUGAGCUCGGACCAGAUAUUCAAAAUGCUAGCAGCACACUUGAUUAUCUUUUCCGUAAUAAAUGGCUUGAUAAGUACACAAGGGCAAUCUUUGUCGAGUUCACGGUUUACAAUGCAAAUGUGAACCUCUUCUGUAUCGUCACGCUCUUGAUGGAGACCUCAGCCGUAGGAGCAUUUCAGUUCUACAGUGAUCUGCAGGCUGUUCGUCUUUACCCAUCAACAGGGGGGCUUUACUUCUUCGUUAUGGCUUCUGAGAUCAUUUAUUUGCUUUUCAUUCUCUACUACAUGUUCAAGCAGGCCAAAUUAUUGAAGCAGCAUCGUUGGCUUUACUUCAAGAACAAGUGGAACCUUCUGGAGCUGAGCAUCAUCCUGCUGAGCUGGAGUGCCACUGCAGUUUUUAUCCAAAGGACUCUGCUUGGAAACCGUGAUAUGAAAUUCUACCAAACCCACAAAGACCAAUUUGCCAGUUUUUGUGAAACUGCUGCAGCUGACUCAGUUCUUCAGUAUUUGGUUGCUUUCUUGGUUCUUCUGUCCACUGUCAAACUGUGGCACCUUCUCAGACUGAACCCCAAGAUGAACCUGAUCACGGCUGCACUGCAUCGAGCAUGGAAUGACAUCUCGAGUUUUCUACUCAUCAUUGUGAUCACGCUAGUGGCGUACUCAGUUGCAAGCAACGUGAUUUAUGGCUGGAAGAUUUCAUCUUACAAAACCUUUUUAGAUUCUCUUCUGACCAUCAUCAGUCUGCAGAUAGGCAUCUUCAACUAUGACCAGGUUUUGGACAGUCACCCGGUGCUCGGCGGAUUGCUGUUUGGCUCCUGUAUUGUCUUCAUGACGUUUGUGGUUCUAAAUCUCUUCAUUUCAGUGAUUCUUGUAUCGCUAAACUUGGAGCAAAUGUAUCACAAGCCCUCUGAAGAAGAAGAGAUUGUUGACCUCCUGCUGAACAAACUCUGCAACCUGUUUGGUAUCAGAUAUAAAAGUGGAAAAGACGCCGUGGAGCCUGACGGAGAGGGCAGCAGCAACUUGACCCUUAAUAACAACAGGAAUAUUCUUACCAGCACCUCGGCUGAAGACAACAUUUAUCAAAAGUCUGACAACUAAAUGAACAGGAAAUGCAUGUCAAGAUUUUAUGCAGUAAUUUCCUCUUUUGUUUUUACUUGUUACAUUAAAGAAUGAUUCUAAACUUUACUCUAUAGAUUAGAUAUGCACUUCUCCUUAUUCUGCUGCUUGUUCUUUUUAUAUGAUCCUCUGGGCUUUUAGUAUGAAGUAGAAAAAACUGAAUAUUCUAUUCAAAAAGUUGUUCAGUAAAGCUUGAAUAAGUUAUUCAGAGUACUACUGGCACUGAAGUGAAUGAAUUUUAGAAAGCGUCUCACUCCUUUGUUUCACGUUCUGUGCUGACCAGCACAGCAGCUGCUUUUUGCAGGAUCUCAAUGACCUCAUUCAUCUUUGUUAGUUUUUCAUCUGCUUCAGAAUAAUUCCCAACAGAUUCAUUUGCUAGUUUCUUUAUUUUCAUAGCAAUGAGCAUAUUUGUUGACUUUAAUAAAAAUGCAGGAGGUCAUACAUCGGGUGAAGUUUGGUUGCAUUCUUCUCACGUUUUUUAAACCACAUCUAAACAACUGUUUAAAUGUUUAUGUUAUUUAAAAAUGGCCUUGUUUGCAGUAACAGUAGGAACUUUAGACAUUUUUUACCUCCAUAAUCAUGCUUACUGAUAAAUGUGGGUCACCUUCUGGGGCUUGUUUGUCAAACUCAUCAUAUUAAACUUGCUGUAGAUAUGCAAAA